AUGGAAAAUUGCCUUAUUGAUUGGGUUUUCAGGACCGAUAGAAUGAUUUUGCGGGAGUGCACGAAUGAUCUCUUCAGUAGCGCAGCCGAAAUUCGUGACAACCUGAGGCUGAGCCAUUUGAGCAUCCGCAGAGUACAGCGUCGACUGCAACAGGUAGGCAUAGAUUUACACUAUCUCAUGUUGUUACUGUUUGCAACCCAGUUCGGAUUACACGGAAGGCGUCCUGCGACAAAGCCGUUUAUCUCAUCUAAAAAUGUUCGAAAAAGGAUUCAAUUCGCAAGGCAGUACGUCGAUUGGCAGAAUCAGUGGAGAAGAAUGCUAUGGUCUGAUGAAAGCAAGUUUAACAUGGCGGGAAGCGACGGGCGUCAGUGGGUACGGAGACCAGUCAGGGAGCGAUACAAGCCAAAGUACGCCAAGUCCAGCGUGAAAUGCGGAGGCGGAAACAUUAUGGUCUGGGGCUGUUUUAGUUAUUACGGAUUAGGCCCCCUGCACCUCAUUCGUGGGACUAUGGAUCGAUUCGGAUACAAAAGAAUACUCGAAGAAGUCAUGAAUCCACAUCUGCAAACUCUUGAAGCUGAGCUUCCCGAUGUUGAUUGGACCUUUCAACAAGAUAAUGAUCCCAAACACAAGUCGAGAGUUGUGAGUGAAUGGUUUCAAGAAAAUGGUAUUAUCACUCUCCCGUGGCCAGCACAAAGUCCGGACCUGAACCCUAUAGAAAACCUGUGGGCAGAAGUCGAAAGGAGACAGGGAAGAAGAAGCUUUACGAAGCCUGAAGAACUUUUCGCUGAGGUACGAAGCGCCUGGGAAUCAAUUCCAGUGCAGCGCCUAUAG